CCUUCCCGCCAGCCCUCACGCGGCGGCCGUUCGCGGGCUCUCCCAGGGCGUAGCCUCGGGCGCAUCAUGGAGGCCGAUCUGGCUCCAGUUCCAGACUCCGAGCAAGCCUGGCUGGAGGCUGCCCAGACCUUCAUCCAAGAGACGCUGUGUCCCGCUGGCAGCGAGCCUGAUGUCCAGUUGACUCAGUCGGUACUUGACUGUGUGAAGACUGUCUGGUUGUCCCAGGGAAAGAACCAGGGUUUUCCCUUGCCCCUCAGCUACAGCUUUGUCUCAGUGCAGGACCUCAAGACCCACCAGAACCUCCCAUGCUGUAGCCACCUGUCCUGGAGCAGCAGUGCGUACCAGGCCUGGACCCAAGAGGCUGGGCCGAGUGGAACCCCCCUCCCACGGGAGCGGCUGAUACUCUUAGGGACACUGACAGACCUGUCGGGGGACUUGGAACAGGAGUGCAGGAAAGGAGACCUCUAUGUAAAAGAUAACACUGGUGUCUUGAACUGUGAGCUCAUAGAUCUGGACCUGUCUUGGUUGGGUCGUCUGUUUCUGUUCCCCAGUUGGAGUUACCUCCCUCCUGCCAGGUGGAGUUCUUCAGGGGAAGGACACUUAGAGCUCCUGAGUGCUCCGGUACCAGUGUGCCCCUCCAACACCAGUCCUGGCCCUCUCACCCCGCUCCCUGUUCUCUACCCAGAGACUGCUUCCCGCCUGCUCAGGCACAGAGGCAAGCUCAGAGGUGUGCAGCCAAACCUGGCUGGGAAGCUGAUUCGAGUGAGCGCUCUGGUGAGGAGUCAGAAGAAAGCUCACUUUGUCUUGUCUCUUGGCGGGUCCUCCCCAGCUGGCAGCCAUGUGUCCAUUGUCGUGCAGAUCCCUGCCCAGCUGGUGUGGCACCGAGCCCUUUGGCCUGGUAGGUCCUAUGUGCUGACAGCGCUGCGAGUAGUCAGGAUCCGUGGGCACUGUUACCGUGUUUGGACGACCAGUCCCUCCUCCCAUCUGCUGCCACUGAAACCAGAAUGUGUGCGAGAGCUGGAACUGGAGCUGGAUGGUCCCCUCUUGGAGGCUGACCCUGCGCCACUCUCCAUGCCCAGUAGCUCCCAAGACGGGGACAGGGAAACAGCUCUUGUCCGGAACUCAACACUCUUAUCCUACACGGGAAAGGUCACUAGUGUGCUAAGUCAGCCGGCCGGGCUCUAUGAGGUGGACGGGCAGCUGGCGCUCUGCCUCGCCUACCAGCAGUUCCACAGCCUCAGGAAGGUGGUACGACCGGGUGUCUCCCUGGAGCUCCAGGAUGUUCACCUCCUGCAAUCAGUGGGUGGAGGGACGAGAAGGCCUGUGCUCGCCCCCUGCCUCCAUGGCGCCAUUCUACUUCGAGGCUUUUCUUGUCAGAAGCCUGAGACUCAGUCUUUCUAUCAGGCUCAGGGAGCCUCCUUGUAUGAGCAGCUGGUGUGGGAACGUCAGUUAGGCCUUCCGCUGUACCUGUGGGCUACCAAGGCGUUGGAGGAGCUGGCCUCCAAGCUGUGUCCCCACAUGCUGAGACACCACCAGCUCCUGCAGCACUCCUCUCCUGGGAACCCCAGCCCGGGGCUGCAACUCCUGGCUCCUGUCUUGGAUGUUCUGACUCCACCGGGCAGUACCCGUCGGAAUGCACACAAGGAGAUCCUCGAAGAGCCGCAUCACUGUCCCCUGCAGAAGUACACACGGCUGCAGACCCCAUGUUCUUUCCCCACUCUGACCACCCUGAAAGAGGAAGGGCGGUGCAGGGCCUGGGCUGCCUUUGACCCCAAGACCCUCCUGCCCCUCCCGGAGGCUUCCCAUCUGACCAGUUCCCAGCUCAACCAGCGUGUGUCCUGGUCCUGGCUCUCUCUGCUGCCCGCCACCUUCCACCCAGCCCAGAUUUUAAUUGGGGUUUUGGCGGCUUCGUCUCAUAAAGGCUGUCUGCAGCUUCGGGACAAGACUGGUUCCCUCCCCUGCCUGAUCCUGGCCACGCACUCUCAGCCCAUCACUGACUCCCGGUUCAUAGGCUGCUUGGUACGGACAGAGAAGUUCCAGUUGGUCAUAGAAAGGAAUGUCAGAAGCAACUUUCCUUCCUAUAAGGAGCUGAACAUAACAGGCUUCAUCCAGAAGCAGCAGGCCAGAGUCUAUAUCCAGUUCUUCCUGGCGGAUGCCCUGAUCCUGCCUGUGCCCAGACCCUUGAUUCACUCAGCCACCUCCCUCACUCAGGCAGAGCCCACCUGCCCAGAGGGUUCCCACAUAGAACAGAGCCGGCUGUUCUUGCUGUCCCGGAAGGAGGCAUUGAUGAAGAGGAAUCUUUGUCUCCCCCCAGGAGCUAGCCCAGAGGUGCCCAAGCCCAUCCUCAGUUUCUACGUUUCGGGGAGCUGGCUUGGGGGCACCCAGAGGAAGGAGGGGACUGCAUGGGGCCCACCUGAACCCCAAGGAGAUGGGAACAAGGAUCGGAAGGUUCUCUUAGUCUUCCGUGGCUGCUCAGUACGCUGGUUUGAGUUCCUGCACCCAGGUCAAGUGUACCGGCUCGUGGGUCCUGGCCCUCCUACCCCACUGUUGUUCGAGGAAGGUGGGCCGUCAUGCACACCCCACCACCCUCUGGAGCUGGCUGGCUAUGCGUCCUGCCUCACUGUCCAGGACGACUGGACUCUGGAGGUUGAGAAUGGCCAGGACUUCCCAGCUGCACUGGAGAGCAGCAAGGCCCUGCCUAAGACCCCACUGGACGACCUGCUCAGUGGCAACUUCACCGAGUCCCUGGUGUCUUUCUCAGCUGAGAUUUUGUCACGGACCCUGUGUGAGCCAUUUCCGGCCCCCUUCUGGACGAAGCCUGGUGGUGCUCGGGCCUCCAGAGGGUGUGUGAAGCUGACUGUAGCCGUGGAGGCUGCUGACUGCCAGUCCCGCCCGCACUUGGACAUCUAUAUCAAAGACCCACACUUGCCUCCCCCACUAGGCCUCCUUCCAGGUGCCCGAGUCUACUUCAACCAGCUGGAGAAGAAGAUUUCCAGAUCUCACAAUAUUUACUGUUGUUUCCGGCCAUCCACUUACCUGCAGGUCCUGAGUUUUCCCCCAGAGACCACAAUCAGUGCUCCACUGCCCCACAUCUUCCUGGCUGAACUUCUGCAGGGGGGCCGGGCCCCGUUCCAGGCCAGGGCCUCUUGCCAUAUCGUUUCUGUCUUCAGCCUUCAGCUCCUGUGGCUGUGUGCUCACUGUACUAGUCUCUGCCCCCAGGGGAGGUGUACUCGCCAGGGUUCCACUUGCCCCACACAGACGUGUGUAAGCCAGGCCAGCAUCAGGCUCCUAGUGGAGGAUGGCACUGCCGAAGCCGUGGUGACCUGUAGGAAUCAUCAUGUGGCCACAGCCCUGGGGCUGUGUCCCAGUGAGUGGACCUCCCUCCUGGAGUUUGUCCGAGGACCAGGGAAAGUGGCCUUGCAAUUCACAGGUCCCGGAGCCCAGCCUGAGUCUUCAACCAAGGUGGAUGAGCCCUUGACCCUCUUCCUCCGGACACUGUGUACCAGCUUCUCUGUCCUCCGCCCUGUCGUGCUUUCUUUUGAGCUUGAGAAGAAACCCUCCAUGGUCACCCCGUUAGAGCCUGCCCGGCUGCAGCGGUUCCAGUGUGGAGAGCUGACUCUUCUGACUCGUGUGAACCCCAGGAUCCGAUUGUCCUGCCUUUCUAUCCAGGAGCCCAAGCACCCCAGCUCCCUGGGAGCCUUUUCUUUGUCCUGCUAACAACCUGGACAGCAGGAGGGGGGCCUGCUGGAAGCCCUGAGGCCCAGGCCUAUCUCCACCCCCCUCAUUGUACCCUUACCUGUUCUGUGAUUGCACCAGGACCCCAGAUCCCUGAGUUCACAAACUGGUGCCCUUCUGUGAUGUGUCCUUCCGUUCUGGUGCCAGCCUGCCUUGAGGUGUGGAAAUGGGCAGAUGACGGCACCACCGUUGGUACUCCCUCUCUGGUUGGGGUCACCGCUUUGGCCCUGACAGGGCCCUGAGCACCUAGGUUCUGCCUUUGGGGGGGCGGUAUUUGUGGCAGGACCAUUGGCCUGCAAUAAAGCUCUAGUAAGGUA